UUUCUUCUCUUCUUAAAAGUUGAAAGUUCUAAUGAGAAUGAUAGUUUACUAGCACGAAUGUCAGUAAUGGUUGAGGAUGGUUAAAAGUAGUAUUUGUUAUCUGUGAUAGCUAUGGCAAAGUUUUGGACAAAUAUUCGUGAACAGUGUCACUAAGAAUGUUGUCAGUCUAUUUUGGAUCAAUACGUGGAAUGUGGGGAUGAACCCCUGUCGUGAACAGGCCAUUCAAUUUCAUUUCGUGUUUAAUCGGAAAUCCAAAAUUCAAUGUCAGACAACUUGUUUCCCGAUGAAAUCCUGGUAGAAAUCCUCAAAAGACUUCCAACAAAGAGCCUUGUGAGAUUCACCAGCGUGUGCAAAUCAUGGCGGUCUCUCAUCACCGACCCUUCCUUCAUCUCCAUCCACCACCGCCACUCCCCCUCCUCUCUCCUACUCCACUCCGGCAACCACCUCACCCUCCCCCACCGCCGCCACUCCUCCGCCCUCCUCCUCCCCUCCUUCCCCCAUCGCGACUCUCCCGUCGUUGCCUUCUCUAACGCCCUCAUUUGCAUCGCCUACGGUGAGCAAUGCCAACCCCUCAUCAUUUGCAACCCUAGUGUUCGACGAUAUGUCACCCUACCCGCACCUUCCCACUACCCUUGUCACCACUUUUCUUAUAUCGCCUUCGAUUCCAGCAAAUGCGAUUACAAGGUGGUUAGAAUUUCGUGCAUGGUGGAUGACCAAAGCUUCGGCCUUUCUGCUCCCCAGGUCGAGCUUUACUCUCUCGCAACUGGGUUCUGGAGGACCCUUCACAGCAUUGCUCCUGUCUGUUACAUUGCCGGAGAUGCCCCCCACGGUUUUCACGAUGGGCUUGUUCAUUGGAUUGCCAAACGCUGCGUUAGUCAUGGUUGGUACUUUUUUGUUUUGUCCUUUUGUUUUGAAGAUGAGCUCUUUCGUGAGAUUGAGCUCCCUGAGAGCUUGGCUAGUGUGUCCUGGGAUAACCCAGUUACCGUUAAGGUUGUUGGAGGUGGCAAUGGGAAGACUCUUUCUGUGUACCAUGUGAGUGCUGGUUCCCCAUGCUCUUGCGACAUUUGGGUCAUGAAAGAGUAUGGUGUGGUGGAGUCUUGGAAUAAGGUCUUUGGUUUUGUUAUGAGUGGAUUUUGCUUGGAGGCACCAGCUUUGGGGAUGAUGCUCACUGACGUGGCAGUUCCGCCAUUAGCAUUGUAUGUUACGAACGGUGGAGAGGUGUUGCUGCUCAUGUAUGUGGCAGGAAAGAGGUGUUUGUUUUCGCUGGAUAUGGAGAGGAAAAGCUUUAAGGACCUUCAAAUUGAAGUAGGCACAGAUUAUGUUUAUUGUGGCCAUUAUUCUGAGAGCUUAGUUUUACUGAACAAAGCAAGUGGUUUGGUGUCUUAUUGAAGAGAAAUUGAUAUAGCCAUUGACAUGUUCUGUAAAAUAAUUUCAUCUGGCAACCUAACCAACCUUCAUAGCAGGAGGAGUAUCAUCGAGUUGCACUAUACAGACUGUUUAGUUGUGUGAAUUCAACAUGUUAUUUUCAAAUUCCAUAAAAGAAAUUAAUGGCACUGGGCAACUAAUAUGAAUUUGAAGAGUUCUGAAAUAUUUUUGUUGAACUAACCGAUAUGUCAUUUCUCUUUAAAAAAAAUGAUUUUUUUUCUGAUGAUUGUGAGAUAUAGCUAGCUGCUACAAUAUGCAAACAGAUAGCUGUUACAUCACCCACAAAACGAUAUAGAAUGUUGUCUUUUUUGUUUAACGGCUUGUG